AUGGCGGUUUUCGCAGCGGUGAGCAGUUUGCAAAACUAUUGCCUGAGAGCAGUUGCUGGUCAGUUGGCAGAUCAUGAAACUUCCUUAGCCCAGCUUCCUGUCGAAAUUAAGACGAAGCUGGUGAAUUUGCUGUCAAAGCGAGGACUUUUAACGGACACAAAUCUUGGAAGUGUAUUACACCCUGCACUAAGGGAGCUGGAGUUGUGUGAAUGUGCAGUUUCAGACAGAGGACUCUCUUUCAUCUGUGUUUGUAAAAACCUACGAAAAUUAGACUUGAAUGCUACCAAGAAUUCCAGAGAGGAUGUUUCCUCUGAAGGUAUAAGCAGAGUGUUUUCAUCUUGUUGUUGCCUUCAGACAGUGUAUCUCCGCAGAUGUGUCAAACUUACAGAUGAUGCUGUUGCUGCUUUAACACAAAGCUGUUCUCGGUUGGAACAUCUCAAUUUGUGUGGAUGCAUCAAAAUAACAGAUAUAUCUCUUCAGCUCAUAGCUCAAAACUGUAGAUUUCUUCAAAGUCUUAAUCUCUCAAAUACUAAGGUGACUGAUAAUGGUGUACUGUGCUUGACGAGUGGAAAAUGUCAACAUUCUAUUAAAGAGGUCCAACUGUCGCAUUGAGUGAACAUCUCAGAUGACAGCAUUGAAGCGUUACUCACGUGCUGUCCAAAAAUAAACAUUCUUAUCUUUGAUGGCUGCCCUAAUGUCACAGACAGAUCCCGUCAAGCUCUUGAGGAGGUCAUGCUUCGCGGCGGCCGAAUGAAACAAUUAUCAUGGACGGUAUAUUGACUGUAGCUUGGAGCUGAAUUUCGUGACCUGUAUCAUGUUAAAUUACCGUAUAUCCUUGGAUAAAACUUUUUUUUUUCCGUUGACUCACCACUCAAUUCUAUCUCCAUGUGCUUACGUUUGCUUGCUUGAGUUCCUUUAUGUGCGUAAUCUGUUCUUUUCAUUUUUGUCGAAUUGCCGCGCUGUCGGUAAAUGCUGUAAACUUCCCAAGAACGACUAAACCAUUCCUUACCCUUCGAGAUCCAGUAAUUUCUACGAUUUUAAAGUUGUUGGGAUACGUUUGAAGAAAACAGUUAAUAAGGAAUGAUAGCUCAAUCAGAAUGUGACCAACAAGUUUUAAAAUGUCCGCGCUAUGCAUAUGGUUCACUUUGUGAGUUCCAAUUGCAUUUUCGUCAUUCGUCUUCGCUUGGUCCCUGGCGUCUUUUAAGCAAAUAAAGUCUAUUCCCUUGGUUUAAGAAAACGAAAGAUAUUAAGAUUGGCUUAACGUCUGCGUGGAUAAUGAUGUAGUUUUUGCUUUUCUUUUUAAGAUUUAGCCAAAAUAAAGAUACAUUUCGUUGAAACAUGGGAAAACUUAUAAGCGCCCCCCUCGUUUAAGCGCCCCUCUUCAAGUAGGUGCCCCCCGUCUAGCCGAAAUAGUCCAUCUCACAGUUGUCUGCUUGGUUGCCAAGCCUUUGAAUAGGAGUGAGGCUAGGGGUGACCUUGUCAUGA